GGGUCGGGGCGGGACGGCGCGCGCGAGCCCGGGGUCUACGUGGGCACGCGGGCGGCGUGGGUGCGCGGGGGCAGGGCCAGGCGGCGCGCGCUCCCUGGCUUGCUGGGCUGCGGGCAGUGCUGGGGCGGGCCGGGAUGGCGCCUCCUCCGCCUCCGCCCCAACUGUUGCUCCUGGCGGCCCUGGCGGGGCUCCUGGGUCCCAGUGAGGUGGUGGCUGAGCCGGCUGAGGAGGCGGGAGCCCGUUGUCCCGAGGGCCUGUGGCCUCUGCCCCCACAGGUGUCGCCAAGAGUGACCUACACACGGGUGAGUCCACGGCAGUUCUGUUCCCCUGAGUUUCCUUUGUAUUCCCUGCAAGCGGAGUCCAGGAGUUCUCUUUUGGCAUCUCCUACAGCAUCUGACACAAGUGCUGAGCGUCAGGCUGAGGAUGUCAGCUUCCUCUACCAUCCCUGUGCCCACCCCUGGCUGAAGCUCCAGCUUGCCUUCCUGGCCCACAUCUGCGUGGCCCAGCCCUUACUGGCCCCUGACUCCAGUCUCACCCAGGAUCGGCCCCUGGUACUGGCAGCAUGGGGGGUGGCACUGGAGAUGGCAUGGGUAGAGCCAGCCUGGGCUGCCCACUGGCUGAAGAGGAGGAGGCGGCGGAAGCAAAAGAAGGAGAAAGCAUGGUUUCGCUCUGACAGUUUUUCUGGGCCCUAUCCCUUGGUGCCAGCACCGGGCAGAGGGAGGCUGUGCCGGAGAGGGUGCGUGCAGGCCCCGGCUUUGGCCUUUACGCUGCGGAGCUGGAGGCCCCCAGGCGUAGAGGUGGCAUCUAGAGGGCCUACGCAGCUCUUUCCUAGUGGUGCCAAGAGGCGUGGGCUGCGGGCUGCCCUUGGUCUCCAGCCCACCCCCUCAGCCCUGAGGUUCCGCUCUGUUUCCCCACGGAGCAUGGAGGCCAAGCAGCCUAUGUUGGGACCCCAGGGUGCAAGGGAUAAUGCCCCAUCUGUGCCCACCGGCCCACUGCUGCUUGGGGGGCCUGGAAGCAAUGUCAGUUCCAGGCUAGAGGCUCAGGUGCCCAAAGGGCAAAGCAGCCCAGGGGUCUGUGCCUGUCCAAGUCAGGCUUCCCCGGCCGCUCGGGCAGCAGCGCCUCCGCGGGCAGCCCGGGGCCCCACCCCGCGCACAGAGGAGGCCGCCUGGGCUGCCAUGGCCCUGACCUUUCUGUUGGUGCUGCUCACCCUGGCCACGCUCUGCACGCGGCUGCACCGAAACUUCAGGCGUGGGGAGAGCAUCUACUGGGAGCCCACAGUGGACAGCCAGGACACAGUGGCUGCGGUGCUGAAGCGGAGGCUGCUGAUGCCCCCUCGCCGGGUCAAGCGCUCCCGCCGGAGACCCCUCCUCCCACCCACGCCGGACAGCGGCCCGGAUGGGGACAGCUCCGAGUGACCUGCCCCAGCCCUGCCACUGUGGCAGGUCUGGCUCCUCCUCCCGCCGGGAGGCUGCGACCUCCGCCACGUGGACCGCGCGCAGGGCCGCCCCCUGGUGGCCAGAUAGCGCAGUCCUGCCUAAGCGCUGCAAAAGGCCUGGUCCUUAGUGUGUGGUUUGCUGGGAGGGAUGGGGAGGGGGAGAGGGAGGAGAGAAAAAGGAGCUGUCUCAGCCUCCGUUGCAAAAACUCCGUUUUUCUUAUUAAAUUAUUUUAGUAGA